AUGGGGUUUUCCGGCGAUACGGGAACCGGAAAAAGCCAGGCGCUUUUAGCGGUUGUGAGCUGGGCAAAAGCGCAAGGGCACAAAGGUGUCAUUGUCGAUAAAACGGGAGAGUUCACGCAGCAUCUUUUUAAUCCGGAAACGGACAAAAUUCUUUCGCCUUUCGAUGACCGCUCUGUUGGUUGGAUGCCCUACAACGAAGGCGAGGAACUGUUCGAUUUUGAGCGUCUCGCGAAGUCAUUUGUUCCUCUGCCUCAAGGGGGGAGCAACGGCAAUGAACAUUGGCCUGAAGCAUCUUUGACGGUUCUUUCCUGGCUUUUUUAUCGCCUGAAACAGGAGGGAAAAACAACCAUAGAUGACUUGGUUGAUGUGCUGACCGUAGCCCAUGAAAAGGUAGAAAAGGAUGCCUUGGGCGAGGAUCAGAUUAUCAAAAUUCGCGGUGUUAACGAGCUUCUAAAAGGUACGCUCGCGGACAUGGUUAUUGAUCCCAGUUCGCCGGAACAUGCCAUGUCGGUGAUCGGGACUUUGGUUCCGAAAAUUCGUAGCUUUUGGUAUCUGCGUGGCUUAGAGGAAAGGGAGCAGUUUUCGUUCCGUGAAUGGGCGGCAGAUGACUCUCAAAAAGGCUGGGUUUUUAUUCGGGUGACUGAGGACCAAUUGGACAGCGUGAACCCGGUUGUUACGGCCUGGAUCGAUACCUUGGUGAAGGCGGUGUUGUCGCUUCCGAAGUCUUCUGAAAGGGUCAUUUGGGCAGCCGUUGAUGAGCUGCAGAGUUUCGAAAAAAUUAACUCUCUUGGUAAGGGUGUUUUUGAAGGAAGGAAGCACGGUCUUCGAAUGUUGCUGGGGUUUGCAAGCGUCAACGAGCUGCAGGACAUUUAUGGCGAAAAACCGGUUAAAAGUAUUAUGUCCAUGCUCGGCACAAAAUUGGUGUUCCGUACCAGCGAACCGGACGCUGCGGAGUGGAACAGUAAAAUGCUCCUGGAAGAAGAUGUCAUGUCGGAGCAACAGGGUAUUUCGUUUGGUACCAAUGACAACCUGAAUGCUUCCGACAGGCGGGAGCGCCAGGCGCUGGUGACUGCCUCCGAGAUUGCGACCAUUCCGGAUCUCACUGCCUUUCUCCGCUUUGCUGGAGAUUGGCCGACAUCAAAGGCCACCUUUACCUAUAAGUCCUGGCCGGAGAUUGCGGUACCUGGCGAUGCCACGCGCUAUUACUCGCAUGACAACUACUACACCCAGGAUCAGGGUAUUGAGCACUCUGAGUGGGUGGGUUUUGGUAGUGACGAGCUCGGCCUGUCGGGCCAGGUUGAUCCUGACCGUUUUGCUGCCUUGCUGAAUGGCCAGGUGGAUGGCGAGCAACUAGGGCGGAGAACCAAGGAAGGCAUCGAGCACCGCCCCGGUUGGGAUCUGACGUUUAGCGCCCCCAAGUCGGUGUCCAUACUCAGUGAAGUCUAUGACCUCACCGAUGUGCGUGAAGCACAUAAUAAAGCCGUUAAAGAGGCCCUUGCCCAUAUCGAACGGUCCUAUUUGCAAACCCGUUUGUCGGUGAACGGUGAAGUCGUCCGCCUGCCGGCGAAAAAUGCCGUGUUUGCAACGUUUACCCAUGACGUGUCCCGCGAACUUGAUCCCCAGCUCCACACCCACGCAGUCCUUAUAAAUGCCACGAAGACGCCCCAUGGUUGGCGCUCGAUAGCUAACGAAAAGCUGAUCGACCGUGACGCCAUCAUGGAAGGCGGUAUGGCGUACCGCAUGGCGCUGGCCCGUGAGCUGCAGGCUCGUGGCUUUACCCUUCAGCGGCAUCGUGAUCCUCGACUGUUCGAAAUUGAGGGUAUCCCUGAUGAACUGAUGUCGGAAUUCAGUAAGAGGGCUGGACAGAUCAAAUCCUAUUUCGAGGACCGCGGCCUUGCAUAUGACAGUGCUUACGCGAAGCAAGUGGCCUUACUUACGCGCCGGCGUAAAGAAGCGAUCCCCAGGGAAGAGUUGGGAGCGAUCUGGAAAGAGAGGGCGGCGGACCACGCCCUGUCACCAGCGAUUACUGACUGGCGCCGGCCCUCCCAGUCUGGAGGGGAGGCUGAAAAGAACCUGGUGCGCCGCGACGUUCAGGCGGCGAUUAGCCACCUGCUUGAAAAGGAUAUGAGCUUUACAGAGUUGGAGCUGAAGAAGGAAACCAUGCGGUUAGGGUUGGGACGCGGGAGUUUUGCAGCUUUGGAUGCCGAGAUCCAGCGGUUGAAGCGCGCCUCCAGAUUGGUCGAGGGCCGUAGGCACACAGACGCGGACAGGGACAAACACCGGAAAGAUGUUCUAUGGACGACACCGGCGGCCAAGCAGGCAGAGAAGCGGUUGAUCAGUCUGCUGGAGUCGGGACGCCUGGUUGCCAAGGGCAAGGCCCUUGUUGGCGGUAAGAAGGCGCGCGCUUUCCUGGCGAAAACCAGUCUCAAUGACCAGCAACAGGCGGCGGUUCUGGCAUCCGUUCAAUCCCAGUCCCGAUUCUUUGCCAUCCAGGGUGAUCCUGGAGUUGGCAAGACAACAACGCUGAAGGCUUAUAAGCAACUGCUGGAGAAAAACGGCUACCAGGUUAUGGGGUUUGCCCCCUCCUACCAGGCGGUCAACGAAAUGACCAAAAGCCUGUCGGUUCCGGGUAUGACCGUGGACCGCUUUCUGGUUGAUAAGUCCGCCCACAAGGGAGGCCGGCCAGGUAAGCAGAUCUGGAUAGUUGAUGAGUCCUCGAUGCUCGGCACUGACAAGAUCAACCGGUUGAUGGCGAUGGCCCAGGAGAAAGAUGCCCGAGUGCUGUUUGUCGGAGAUCACCAGCAGUUGGAGUCGGUAGGGGCCGGUCGCGGAUUCAAGCAGCUCCAGGAUGCCGGCAUUGAGCUGGCGACGAUUGAUAAGCGGAUGCGCCAGAAAACAGAUCAGCUCCGCAGUGUUGUCGAUCACGUUAUGGCAAAGCGCUAUACCGAAGCCUUUGACGUGAUGAACGGUGCUGGACAGGUGGUCGCUGCGAGGGACCCGCGCAGUCGAUAUGAACCGCUCGAAUCCUUGUCAGCGGAGUAUCUGAGCAGGACCCCCGAGCACCGGGCAAACACACUGGUUGUAGCGCCGACAAAUGAGCAGCGCCGAAUGAUCAACUCCCUGGUCCGCACUGGCCUGCGGGAUCAAGGGGUGAUCGUCGGGGAAGACGCUAAUGUAACGUCCUUUGUCGAUGUGCCGUUGACUGAGGAGGUGAAAAAGCUGGCCGGGCAGUACCAGAAAGGCCAGUUCGUUCGGUUUAACUACGAAUACCGUGAUCCCAAGGCAAAGCUGGCGAUAGACCGGCAUGAAUACUUUCAGGUUGUCGGCAACAACAACCAAACCAAUGUCAUCGCGCUGCGGGCUCAGGAGGAUGGCCGCAUCGUCUGUAUAGAUCCGAGCCGGGUUGGGGCAGACCGCCCCGGCGGCCUGCAGGUGUUCAUUGAAGAGUCAAUGAACCUGGCCAAGGGAGAUCGGUUGCGCUGGCUGGAUAACAGCAAUCGAGAAGGGCUUAAGCGGAACAUGGAGAUGACCGUGGUCCAGGGAACAAAAGACCAGGUGUGGCUGGAGGAUUCCGAAGGCAAGGAUUACCGCCUGCCAUUGAGUGAUCUAAAGCAUCGACAUUUUGAACACGACUACGCCCGGACUGCCUACGGCGUCCAGGGAAAGACCGACAGGGAUGUGCUGAUGGUGAUGGAGUCCUGGCGCCGCAACACGACGAACCAACGAAGUUUCAUGGUGGCGGCCACCCGUGCCUCCCACGACCUGAAGGUAUAUGUCGAUGAUCCCGGCAAGGUUAAGGCGGCGCUCCGGACACGCUCUGGUGACAACACCGAGGCGUUGACCAGGAAAGAGUUUGAAAGCGAGGCCAAGACAGCGGUAGCGCUCCAGGUGGACAAGCCGUCGUUGAUGGAAGGUGGGGGAGAUACAUCCCAACUGGAUGGGUCAGUGACCCAGAUCGUGGAGUUCAUUCUUUACUUCGUCUAUGCCUGCGGAAUUGUGACGUUGGUGAUUGGCCUGCUCCUGUGUCUUCCGAUCAUCGGGGGGACGCUGUUCUUCAUCGCUGAUGUGCUCCGUUGGUAUGACUACUGGUUGAUAAGGAAAUCUAUGGAACGGGGAAAGGAACGUAAAAAGCUGCCGAGCUGGGGCGGCAAGAACCAGAAAACCUAUGUUGAUGGGUUCACCUGGCAAACCCGCAUUGGUGAUCAUGGCUUGAUCCACCAGGGGCCGUGCGUCUCGGUUGCCAUUGAAUGGGCCGGUGUUCAGGAUCGCCACUGGAGUUCUGACGAGCGCCAGAACGAACACAGGCGGCGGGUGGCCUUGUUGCGAACCCUCAGUGAUGAGCUGGGGCUGUCGGUGGAGAACCACUUGGUGCGGGAGCGCGACAGCAGCUUGGCGGACGCCUACUUGCGGGAGUGCCAGCAGAUGCACCGAUCCCUCGCCAUUCCGCCGAUCGUUCAGGAUGUACGGGAGCAACUGGUUCAAACUUAUCGACCGCUCGCCAGGACCAACCGGGUUUUUACGGUACUUUGCCUUGCGGCACCAAGGAAGGCCGGCCUGAUGGGGUGGAUAGGCCCUCAAAUGAGGCGGCGGAACCGUACAGCUCAGGACCUGUAUGCCGGUCUUAUGGAGGUCUUCAAGACGGUUAAAGCAGAUUUCCCUGGCGCUCAACUGAUGUCAUCCGAGGACUAUCAAGCGCGGAUUCAAACCAUUCGGCAGCCCUACAGCGAGCCGCAUCCGGUUGAGUGGCGCUUUAACUUGGCGGAUCAGUUGGUCACCCAAAAACCUGACCUUGAAGAUGGGUGCCUUGCUCUGAACGACCGUUAUUACCUGCCGGUAUUGCUUCAAAGCUACCCGGACCUCCCACUGGAUUGGACCUUGAGCUUUCUGGAGGCACCAGUGGACGUGCAUGCCUGUCAGAUCUUGCUCCCUAAGCCAGUAGAUAAGGCAAUGGACGAAGCGCGCAAGCAAUCCGAUUACGAAUCAGAAACCCUUUCCAAGAAGCGAGGGGCAGACAAGGCCAUUGCCAAGAUUCGGGAAUCGGCCACCUACCGGGAAUAUGUUAUCCGGCACAACCUGCCUGUGGCAGACAAUGCGUACAUCGUGACCUUCUCCGGCACCAGCCCGGAUGAGGUCAAGUUCCAGGCGUCACGGUUCAAGCGAAACGUUCAUAAGAACCAGGGGCUCAUUCGUGACAAUGAGGAUCUGCAGCGCGAUCUUUUCGAGAUCCGCCUUCCAGGGCUUGGUCGCAACACGUUCUUCGCUCGUGAAGACCACGGCGACACUUUGGCCGCGAUGAUGCCGGUUACCACCUUUGCCCAGGGCAAUACAAAGAACCCGGAGAGCUUGCGGAUCACUUCUUCCGGUCAACUGGUUGGCUUCGCCCCCAGUAAAGUAGAGGUGCCGCAUGAACUGGUGGUUGCGCAAACCGGGGGCGGGAAGGAUACGCAGUUCGGGUUGAAGUUCUUAGAGACCUAUCCGCGCAUCCGCUAUGACAUCAUCGAGAUGGGCAACAGCUACCAAGCGGCUGUAGAAGCCGUUGGUGGCAGCUAUUGCCGCGCAAAGGAACAGGUCAUCAAUCCUAUGGCUGGGUAUGACGAGUACCAGAGUGCCAAGGAUCUGGCGGCUAGGGGGCACGGCACCAUCGACGGCGAUUUCAUCCGAUCCCAGUCCGACACCCUGGCCCCAAUCUUCAAGGGGUUGGCUGGUAACCCGUAUACACGGGCCGAAGAGGUAUGUGUCAACCGGGCGGUGCGCCACCUCUAUGACAACCCGGGCGAGCAGCCGGCCCCCACUCUGCCUCUUGUCCUGGAUGCACUGGGCGCGAUUGACGUUUCGUCCGAAGCCCAGGAAAGCGCCCGUGCCCAGCUGCGAGAGGAGCUUUUCGAGUUCCUGGAAACCGAGACUGGAAAGGCCUUCAGGGCUCAGGACCAGUUCACCAUCUCCCCGAUUGCCAACGCCAUCGAUUUCGGGGGCUUCAGCGGUGAGCUGUUCAAAUACUAUAUGACGUUCAUGGUGGUUCGGCUGGCCACCAAUGCGAUGAGCCGGGGCGCACGGUCACAGAUCGUCCUUAACGAGUACAAGAUGUUGCUCCAGAACGCCGGUGACCCGAUCCGCUGGAUCACCCUGACCAUUGACCGCAUGGGGCGGAAGGACUGGGUAGGGCUGACGCGCAUUACCCAGGGCCUGGAAGAAAUUCAGUCAGUAGAUCCUGAAUCGCUCUCCAGCAUCCAGAAUCGAACCCUUCUGAGUCGGUCCGAUGCUCAUGCGGCCAUUGGUGAAGUGCUGCAAAUGCCACCCUCCAUCGCGUUCUCACCCGGUGAUACCAAGGUGCUUACCCAAAUCUAUGCCCAGAUGAAGGAGCAGUUGGAAACCCUAAAGGACGAACUUGAAGAAGUGAAAGCGGUGAACGAUGAGCUAUUUCAAGCACGGGAGUACCUGCAGGCCGUGCGGCAUGAAUAUGAAUUCGUAACGCGCUUUGACCCGGAUGGUGAGCUCCGCUCCCUCGUGAACUGGUCGGACGGAAUGACAAACCUGAACGAUCUGGACAACGGCAACUGGCAGCAGCGAUGGAGCUUGCUGAGUUCAGAGGUGGACAAGCGAUUCAAGCGUUCUAACGCUCCGGACCCCCUGAAAGAGGCCAGCAAAGACGCCGCAUUGGAGGACUUCAGCGAGAUCGAGCAAACCGCUUACCUGCGGGACUACUAUCGCAGCCGGGCGUUAUCAGAUACGCCGAAGUCGACCAAGGACCUCCACAGACAAACCGCUUCCUCAACGGCCAUGAUGACUUCCAUCAUGCUUGAAGAGCGUACUGAACGUCUGGAGGAAGAAGCCGCGAAGCGCCAGCUUCUUGGGAGGGACACAGUAAUGGCCGUACAGGGAGAGUUUGGCGACAACAACUUUUUAACGGGGUUCCUGGUUAAUACCUUGAAUCCCAACUCUGUCUAUGAACACUUCACCUACAUCGCCGGCGUGGCGGCCGUCGUGCCCUGGCUCAUAGUGGUCUUUGGUGCGGUGAGGCUUGCCCAGGAGUCGACGGAUGCCAUGAGCGGCAAGGCGGCCCUGGCCGAGGCAAUGGGCGAUGCCAGCAAGACGCUGCUAAUGUUCCUGGCUUACAGCGGUGGUGGUCUGCUUGUGUUCGCGCUGCUUUUUGCGCUCUCGACCCUUUUUGAGGGCUUCGGAUCGGCCCGCCUGAUCCAUCAGGAAAUGGUGGACCUUCGGGCGGUUUUGAUGGCUGAUCCGGAGGCUCAGAAAGACUGGUUUCAGCGGGUGCUCGAAGGUGUCGCUGACGUGACCAAUAUCUUUAGUGCUGGACUGGUGUGGGCGAUCUACCAGUUUCUCAGCGUUGCGUACAUCUCUCUUAGUCGGCUCAUCGAUGUGAUGUUUGCGAUUGGCAUUGCCCUGACGUAUGGCUGGGGUUUCGUCGCUAUCACGACGCGGGUUAUGAAAAAUGAAUUCAACCUCAUGCCAGGUUUCACGAAAACCGUGCUGACCUUCGGGAUAUGGGUGAUUCUCGAACCCCUGCUUCUCUUCUUCGUUUGGUUGAUGAGCCUUGGCGCCGUGGAGUAUCUGACCACCUACUAUUCCGGAAGCGAUCUUGGUACCACGGCCAUGACACUCUGGUAUCUGUUCUCUUGCGUCAUGAUGUCUCUGGUUGUGCUGAUCAAGAUCAUCGCUCCGUUUCUCGCCCUCUACCUUGCCAGGAAUGACUCAAUGGUGGGCGCGCUUGGUGCAGGCCCGGCCGUGCUCGGGGGUAUUGUGGCUAACCAGGUCGUUAAGAUGCUCGCCGACAAUACAGUCAUGAAUGAAAUGAGGGGUGUGAUGCCUACGGGGGAGGGGACCCGAGGCCGUGACGCGAUGGCGCAGGGAAUGAGUAAUGCGCUCCACGCGCCGAUGGGGCAGCUGUUUGGUGGAGGUGGCAGCAACGAUCUAUCUAGCUCGAUUCCGGAAGAUCCAGGCAGUGGCGGCCCGACGGGCGACACCGGGACCUCGCCGGGCGGGAUGGGGAGAGCAAGUUCGCCUUCAAGCGCUUCUGAACCACAAAUGGACUCAGGCCCCGGACCAUCCGAUACAGGUAGGUUUGACCAGACGGCUAGUACCGACAGCGGAGGCCCGUCUGGGAGAGAGGUAAUGGACGACGCCAUGGACGUCAGGCGUGCUGCCCCUGGUAAAUUCGCGCGCCACCAGAAGUACAAAGAGUGGGGGCUUUACGGGCUGAUCUUCGUUCUGUUCCUUUCCAUCAUUGCGCUCCUAGCGCUGGCAAUGCGGCUGGAAGCCAAGGCGACGCAAGUGUCUGAGGGGAUCUAUCGGUCAGAAUCUGAGAUGGUUAAUGGGGGGAAGCGGUUCAUUGAUGCGUUCUACAGCCUGAAUGCCGCGACCGUCGAGCACGAUCAGUUCAAGGCUAUCUCAAUGAUGGCCACUCCAGAGUUACGAGAGAAGCGGUUGGAUUACCUCACAAGGACGGAUCUGGUACGGGAGGUCCGCAACAAAUCUAUCGCCUCCCGUGUUGAUUGGAAAAAUGCGAAGGCUGAAGUGCAACAGGUGGACGACAUCACCCGAUUGGUUGUGCCAAUGACGCCGUUCAGAGGGGUGAACCUGAUCUUCCCGUUUGAGCUUUCGGAUGAUAACACCGCCUACUCCAUGAGUUCGGAUCUGGUGUGGGAUUUCAAGAAGGCUAAGGGAACGAGGGUGGUGCCUAUCUACUUUCAGUCGUUCGAUAGCCAAUGGGGUGAACUGACGGAUUUCACCAUUUCCACUGGUGAUCAUAUUUUUUCGAUCACACUGAAGGCUGACCCGGAUAUCCGGAACCACUGCACCAAUAUCGUCUUUGAGUUUACUGAUGAGCAGCUAAAGGCCAUCCGGGAGGGUGAGCGUAAGGAGCAUCUGGCAGCGCUUGACGCCGAGUAUGAGCAGAAGUUCGACGACCUGGAGAAGAUGGCCGAGAAGAAGGCUUUGGAGCUUGUAGGUGCGUUAAGCAGAGGUGGUUCCAGUGAUAGCGGCAUCCACGAAUACCGUGUUCUUGAGCUCUCCAACGGGGAUGAAGUCGAGCUGUAUGUUGAGGAAAUGCAGGGAUGGGGUACGUUUUCUCUCCUGCUGGCUGAAGUCAGCAACGACAGCGAGGAUCGCCUGGACUACAGCAAAAAGCUGGUUGGUCACGACCAGCUCCAUACCUUGAUUCCUUCUGAAGAAGCAGAAGGCGAAGCGUCGGACCCUUACCUGCAGGCGAUGGAUCGUGCUGCCAAACGCGGGGGAGGUCCGGACCGCCCGGAACCAGAGGGUCAGGGUUCCAGCCAUUCCGACUCGAAUAAGGGUGAGGGGGUUCCUGAUGAGGUGUCUGGAGAGGCGGAGCCAUCUUCUGACAGGACGGUAGCCGAGGAUUCCGAGCCCGAUACCAAGGCACCCUCAGUGUCGCAGCAGAACCAAAAUAGAAGUAACUCACCUGGUGCCAGCUCCCAGGCAUCGAACGCCUAUUACUACGUCUCUCCCUCGCUGAAGAACUCGAACGGAAGGGGGCAACGAAACAACGCCAGGGAUGAGCGGAGCGAUAAGCGCCAGAUUGUCUUUGGAAUUUCAGUGGGCACCACCAUCCCCGUCUCUCUGGAUCGAAGCGCCUCAAAUAUCCAGCCGGGCCUGAUUGCGUUAACGGUUGAUAAAACCAUUAGAGGUAGGAAAGAGGAUCUUCCUGUGGGCUCGACAUUGUUUAGCCGGUCCUCCGCCGUACUCGGUUCCGAGCGGUUAUUCCUGUCUGUGUCUCGCGGGGUUACCCCGGAGGGUGAGGAAUUCAAUGUCCAGGGUGUUGUGUUUGACCGCCAACUGGAGCCCGGUCUUUCUGCUCGAGUAGUCAGCGAUGGAAAAGCGCUGGCUCGGGCCGGCGCUGAGGGUGUGAAUACUCUGAGCCGGGAGUUGCUGAACGCAGCGCCGACCGCCGGAGCAGGUGGCGAGGCAGCUGAAGCAACCUUGGGCCAGCUUCUCCAGGAGAAGGAAAAGACUGACGCAGCUACACAGGGACGCCCCGCCUACGUGGUCGUGGCCAGCCCGCAAAAAGCAACAGUGCAGAUCGAAAACACACUGAUCCGCCAGUUGGUUGGCACAGUCAUUGACCAGGCCGACAUUUGGGACGUGGACACGACUGCGGGGGUUAUGCCCGCACUAAUGAACUACCGAUCUCAGGAGCCUGAAGGGGAUACAUCCAGGGAAACGGUGUUCUAUCCGAUAACCUUCUCCGCGACCUUCGAGAUCAACCGCAUUAACCGGAUUGUGACAGACCUGAGAUACGUCGAUUUCGACGUAGCGGCUGGGGAUGGAGGUUGCGGGGGCAGUGACGGCGGUAGCAGUGGCGUACCGGAGGCAAGGCCGAGUGGAUCGGUAUCAGGGACGGCCUUUGAUGGGUUGAUCCUGAAUGGUGAUGUGAAGGUGUAUGCCUGGAACGGCAGCAAAGGGAAGCUGUUGGGGCAGGGCACCACCGAUGAUGCUGGCGAAUAUUCGGUGAGCUUGGAUCAAAUUCCCAGUCAGCCAGUUCUGAUUGAGGUGACUGGUGGCCGGUACCAGGAAGAGGCGAGUGGUAAAAGCAUUGCUCUCCGAGGUGGAGACUUUCUAUACGCCCUGAAGAAUUACAAGCAGGGCGAGUCGAUCAGCACAUCACUGACUUUCUACACGACGAUCGCAACUGGGCUGGCCAAACACAUGGCUGGUACAGGCGUUUCGGUCAAUGAAGCCAUCGCUAGGGCCAAUGAUACGGUCAGCGAUAUGAUCGGCAUUGAUAUUCGUGGGGUCACCCCUUUAGAGAUCAAUAAAAAAUCCAGCGCGACGCCUGUUGUGACGGAUCAGCAUCUAUACGGUUUUGCGACCGCAUCAAUAUCUCAGCUUACUAAGUGGAUCUCUUUGCAGAAUGGUGAUGAAAAUGACAUUCACGAAACAUACAACUCCAUAAAGUUUGCUGCAGCGGCAUACCAGGACAUAGCCUCGGACGGUCAGCUGGAUGGAAAGGAUCAGAGCCGGAUUAUCGCACAGGGAACGGUUCGCUUGACGCCGGACGUCUAUCGCAGCGACAUAGCGCGGAACAUGCUGGUCAUGGCCAAUUCAGAUGUGAAUGUCUCGGGGCUGACGCCUAAAGACAUUCUCCCGAUGGCCCAGCAGUACAACCAGUCCAAUUCGGCGCUGUUCGCAGGGGCGGAGAUUCGACCGCUUGAAGCACUUUCCCCAACCAUCAGCAAUUUGAGUCAUUCCAAUAACGACGUUAUCGCAGGCGUUGUAGAGAUCUCUGCGAACGUGACUGAUACCGUUGGCCUGGAGGAAGUCACGUUGUUUAUCGACGGCACAUUGCACGAAUUCCGGGGCGCCGAAUCGGAGCCGACAUUCACCGUUGAUACGGCACCGCUUAACGAUGGUGCUCAUAGCUUUGAGCUGUACACCAAGAACAUCACGGGUGGGGAGACCACAGAAGAAUUGACUCUGCUGGUUUCAAACGCCGGCACAACGAUUUCAGAGAUCUACCCGGAAGACCAAAGCAUUCUUACCGGGCCGCAGACGUUCUCGGCCAGUGUUGCAGAUCCCAUCGGCAUCGAUGCGGUGAGCUUUAUCCUGGAUGGAGCAAUCUAUCCGCUAACUGCGAACGGAACCCCGUCUAAGGAGUUCAAUGUUUCGAAUAUGCUGGAAGGUGAGCAUGAGCUGAUCGUUGCAGUCACCAAUUCGGUAGGUACUCAAACGGAAUCGACGGUGAACUUCACGGCGGAUAACACUGCUCCAGAGAUCUCCUGGAAUGGUGCGAACCAGGAUGUGUGGGUGAAGGAAUUCCCACUUGAGGCAACGGUAUCAGACAACAUCGGGCUGGAGAAAACGGAGCUUUUUAUCGAUGGAAAUUUGGUCAAUACCUAUGCUGACGGAACCAUUUCUGAGGUCAUCGAUAGCCGGGAUUAUUCGGAAGGGGAUAAAGACAUUUUGCUCCGGGCAAUUGAUAAAGCUGGCAAUGUAACCGAAGUUUCGACAAAGCCUCUGUUUGAUAAUACGACUCCAAGCAUCUCGAUCCUGUCCGCCUCUAGUGGCGAUUACUACGAAGAUAUUGUCCGUUUUAGAGGGAUCGCUUCGGAUGCCGUUGGUAUUGAGAAGGUUGAGGCGAAGAUGGCAGGAAAGGUGUUACGAACUCUACGGCCUGAGUCGGAUGUUGAGUUCAGUAGCAGCUUUCGGGUUGGCCGGUUUGAUAAUGGCCUGAUGGUCCUGAGCCUGUUGCAAGGGUGCGGGGGCAGUGACGGCGGUAGCGACUCAGACCAAAGAGUCGUCAGUGGCUCGGUGUUUGCCAGUGGGCCGCUUGAACGGGGCGCUGUAACAGUCUCGACCCUGGACGGUGCGGGGAAGACUGUUCUGGCAGAAACAACCACGAGCAAUUCCGGUCGUUGGUCUGUUGAGCUUCCAAACGAUCUGGACGGCGCUGUGCUUAUAGAAGUCUCUGGUGGCGCUUACCAGGAACUUGUUGGUAGAGAAACGGUAUCCCUUGAAGGUUCCUUGGCGCUGAAAGCGAUCACCUGGUUGGAGGACGGGGAGUCCAGUACUGUCAAUGUAUCGCCACUAUCCACAUUGGCGGAAGGGUUAUACCGCUACAGGCGCAGCCUUAGCGUCCCCUCUGAUGACGCGGUGGCGUAUGGUAACUCACAGGUUUCGAGUUUUGUGGGCUUCAACAUCCUGGACUCCAGCCCGUCGAAAGCCGCGGUUCUCAACGAUUCCUCGCGCUUUCAUUCAAUGUUGGUUGGCUUGUCGUCGAUCUCGGAUUGGGUGGCCACGGUUAACGGUGGCUCCCCUGGUACCACUGUCGAGUUUACAGCCAAGGCUUAUGCGGACAUCCUGAAUGGUCGACUGGAUGGGCGAGAUUCCAGUGGUGAGCUGUUUCUGGGUUCAGUGGCCAUGGGGGCUGAUCUCUACCGUCAUGCCUUGGCGCUUAAUAUCAUUGCGGCGGAGGGGCCUGAUUCGCUGCUUUCCUUCUCGGAGCGGGAGGCCUACGCCAGGACAAUCAACGAUUCCGAGCUUCGUGAAUUCUCCCAGGACGAUGUUAUCCCCCUGGAUCUGGCGUCUCCGGUUCUGUUCAACAUGAGUCAUGCUGAGGGCGAGCUUGUUGCCGGAAAUGUCACCCUCUCACAUGCUGUCGUCUCACAGGAAAGCCUGUCGGGUUGUGAUCUCCUGAUCGAUGGUGGCUUUUAUGAAACCACCCAGGCCGACUUGACCCCUGGCUACUCGAUUGAAACAGAGCUGCUGUCCGAUGGAGCGCACUCGUUCACGAUGGAGUGUACUGAUGCCACCGGCGAAAAGGCCGGCGAAACCCUCAAUCUGAUAGUCGCGAAUGCCGGCACGGAGAUAAGCAACAUUCAACCCGCCGAUGGCCAGACGAUUGGCGGGAAUUUCACGUUCUCCGCAGACGUUACUGACCCUGCCGGCGUGCAGUCAGUCCGAUUCGAUGUCAACGGCACCUCCUAUUUCCCUGCGUCCCUGUCCUCGCCAUCCGUGGCUAUUGACACAUCCCAGUUUGCCGACCAGGGGAAACCCUAUGCCCUGGACAUUACGGUGAUCAGCCAGGGCGGCGGAACCACAGCAGAAACGGUAACGUUUGAUUUGGACAACGUGGCCCCCAGCGCUGAAUGGAAUCUCGAAAACAUGGAGGUUGCGACGGGUGUUCAAACUGUAUCAGGGCAGUUCGGUGAUAACACCGGGAUUGCAGAGGUUCGACUCUACGUUGACGGCGAGCAGAUAAGACAGGUCGGCUCCAGCCCCUUCUCUGCGGACAUUGAUACACGCACCUACGACGAUGGGUCUUAUCUGGUGGCUUUGGAAGUGAUGGAUGGGGCCGGAAACACCACGACGCUAAGCAAAGAGCUGUUCUUUGACAACACCCCGCCGGAAGUCACGCUGUCGAAUCCAUGGGAGGGGGAUGUCAUAACCCGUGACUUCGAUAUCGUAGCGCUCAUCGAGAAUCCUGACCAGGUAGAGGCUGCUGUAGUGUUCUUGGUGGACGGAGCGCAAUACUCUCAGUCGUCAGCUGACAACCUUGUGAGCACUGAGCUAAACGUGAGCAACUACAGCAACAACGCCAAUCACGAGAUUGGUGUCUCCGUCACCGACAGGGCGGGCUUUACGACAGUCAAAACCGUGACUGUUUUCUUUGACUACUAA